GCAAGGUUGGAUGCGUGACUUGAUGAGGCGCCGCUUCAACGCUUUUACUAAAGGUGCGUCACGCGCUUGAGAGCUGUGUUAACGGUGCUUACUCCCUCUCACAAGCCAUCGCCAUCGCCCACUGCCCCCACACAACAUGCAGCUCAAAACAAGUCCUUUCAUCGUCGAAACGCAGUAUGGCAAGGUGGAAGGGGUUCCGGUGGAUUCGACCGGCGACGUCGCGGUCUGGCGCGGCGUCCCUUUUGCAAAGCCGCCCAUUGGUGAUCUGCGAUUUCGACCGCCCCAGGGACCCAACGGCUGGGAGGGAGUGCGUUCCGCAAAGAACUUCGGAACGGUAUCCCCGCAGGGAUACUGGGGCUUGAACAAAUAUGUCUCGCAGGGAGCAGAGCAGGAUGAGGACUGCCUCUACUUGAAUGUAUGGGCGCCGAGCAGUCUGCCAGCAGAUGCCAAGAAGCCUGUUAUGGUUUGGAUCCACGGAGGCGCUUAUAUGACGGGUUCGGGAAGUACGCCGGCGUACAAUGGCGAGCAUUUGGUUCGAACUGGAGACGUGGUGAUUGUGACGAUCAAUUAUCGCUUGAGCUCCUUUGGAUUCCUAUAUGUGGACAUCCCAGACAUCGAGACAAACUUGGGAAUGCAAGACCAGGUUGCUGCUUUGCGCUGGGUAAAGAACAACAUCGAAGCAUUUGGUGGCGAUCCCAGCUGCGUCACGAUCUUUGGAGAGUCCGCUGGUGGAAACGCUGUCACCACCUUGAUGGCAAUGCCGUCUGCCAAAGGGCUGUUUCAUCGUGCCAUCGCUCAGAGUCCUUUGCCGACAUCGGUCCAUAGUCGUUCGGAAGCCCUUAUGGUUGGCAAUAACGUCUUGAGGGAGCUGGGUCUCUCUAAGCCGGACGCUUCGGCGCUGAGAGCGGUGCCUGCCGACGAGUUGGUUUCAGCUGCUCGUGCCGUUUUCCACAAAAUGGUCCUGGAACGACCAGGAGUGAUGCCCUUCAGCCCCAUCGUCGAUGGCAAUAUCAUACCACAGGAUCCUCUCGCCGCAAUCCGAAACGGAUAUGCAAAGGAUAUACCGCUCAUGCUAGGCGUCAACAAGGACGAAGCCAACCUCUUCCACACGAUGGAUCCAAAACAUCCCGCGGUUCCGCUCACCGAGCUGCAAAUCGAGCGCUACUUCUCUUCCAACACGCAAGCGGGCGCUCAAAUCCAAGCCGCGUACCCGGGCUUCCCGGCUUUGCCCGCCCGUCUACGAUUGGCCAGCGAUAUCGCGUUCUGCAUCCCCACGCAGCGUUUCGCUGAAGGCCAUACGAAAUCUGGCCCCACUUACAUGUACCGAUUCGAUUACGCGCCAGUUGUUCUACGGUGGACUGGGAUGGGUGCCACGCACGCAACUGAAAUUCCAUUCGUAUUCGGCACCUACAACUCGAACCUAAUGAGCUACGCAGCCAUUGCACUCAGUUUCGGCGGCCAAUACCGUCGCCUUUCCGACCGCAUGCGUUGUGAAUGGACCACGUUUGCGAGACGCGGAGUUCCUGCUGACGAGAGCUGGACGGAGUAUAAGCAGGAGAGGUUGAGUAAGAUCUGGAACGGCGUAGACUCAUUUGAAAAAGAUUGGAUGAAGGAGAAGGCGGAGGUCUGGAGCGAGUUCAGACCGUACACGGAUUUCUGAUCCUAUGAAUACUUGGACCAUCGCGUCUCUACAGGACUGAGAGAAUCCUCUUUACAUUUUCAGUGACAUCUCAUGUCAUUUCUGUUGCAUCACUUCAGUUCAUUUCAACUAGUAGUCGCACUAUCCCCUUCUA